UUUGAACCAAAACGUCUGGCAAGGAAUAGCAUCACUAACGAGGCUUCGAGGCGCAAUGAAGACAAAGCGUUCGAACAGGUGCAGGCCAGGACCAACCCUUGGCAACCAAUCGCCGUCUGGCACCUCGUACCUCGCCUUGGCGAACGAACGAUCGCGCGACCAAGUACCGGCUACGAUGGCGUCGGCGGCACUUUGAAGUAA